GAGAGCGAGAGAGCAAGAGGGAGAGAGAGCGAGAGAGAGAGAAAGAGAGAGAGGGAGGGAGGCAGGGAUGAUGGCGUCUCUCGCGGCUUGAUACCCGUGCAUGUCUGACAAACGCGCAGUAAUAGCAUGAUCAAAAGGUGGGAGGGAAAACGAGCAAAGCGACGGGAACAUGACGAAUCGGUGUCGCGGAGGACAGACGAACAGAGGGAGACAGACGGACAGACGCUUCCUUUCCCCCUGACGGAUUGACUGACAUCCACGCCUGGCACAGAGGGGGACAUCCAGCGGGCGGGCUGCACAUCCGAGCGGGCAGUAAUUGGGUACAGGAGCAAGAAGACAGCAGGAGGAGAGCGGAGGCAGAGCGUUUCAUGUCCAGUCUGUCCUGGAGUCGCUGUGACCCCGACAGAAAGGAGUUCGACUGGACAGGAUGGGGGGGGUGAGUGAAGGAGAUGAUGUUUUGGCUCGAUGGAGUGAUGGACUACUGUACCUCGGCAACGUGAAGAGAGUGGAUGGUGUGAAGCAGUGCUGUCUGGUGAGAUUUGAGGACAACUCAGAAUUCUGGGUUCUGAGGAAGGACAUCCACUCCUUUGCUGUCGGAGGGGAAGAAGUCUGCUGUAUAUGUGACGCCCCACCUCUCAAAGAUCCACUCUUGAACUGUUUCAAAUGUCGCCAUAGCUACCACCCCGAGUGUCACACCCCUGCCAUCGAGCCCGAGGCGGACUGUGACUCCUGGAUCUGUCGGCAGUGCGUCUUCGCAGUGGCAACAAAGAGAGGUGGGGCCCUGAAGAGAGGCCGCUUCGCCCGCCUCAUGCAGUUCAUGAAGCUGCGGCUUCCCUAUCAGCUGUCAUCUUUAGACUGGGACCCGCAGCAUCUGACCAAUCAGCAGCAGUGUUACUGCUACUGCGCUGGACCUGGAGAGUGGAACCUCAAGAUGCUCCAGUGUGGAGGCUGUGGCCAGUGGUUCCAUGAGGCCUGCACUCAGUGUCUGAGCAAGCCUCUUCUGUACGGCGACAGGUUCUAUGAGUUCCAGUGUUCUGUGUGUGCAAACGGACCAGAAACCAUCCAGAGACUUCCAAUGACCUGGGUUGACUUGGCCCAUCUUGUGCUCUAUCAUCUCUCCCUGUGCUGCAAGAGGAAGUACUUUGAUUUCGACCAUGAAAUCAUGUCCUUCACCAACGAGAACUGGGAGUCUCUGCUUCUCGGCGCGCUGUCAGACACAGCCAGACAGGACCGCUGUCACAACCUGCUCAACGCACUCAACUCCCACAAGGACAGGUUCGUGUCUGGGAAGGAGAUCAAGAAGAAGAAGUGUCUCUUUGGGCUCCAGGUGCGAGCCCCGCCCCCUCUCGUAUCCGAUUCGUCACCGCUCAUCACCGACCCGCCCGUCAACAUCACACACAGGAGAAGCCCGCUAUCACUUUCCUGUCAGAGGAGAGCGGGGGUGUUGGAGUCUCGUAAAUCCAAGCGUCGCAUCGUAGAGACACAGCCGUGUCCAGACCCCACACCUGCAAACCAACUGGAACUGUUGCCACGUUGCCAUGAUUACGGGGGCGGGGCCUGCCUCUGCAAAGAGGAGCUGGACCUGAGCUCCCCUCCUAAGAGGAUGUUUGCCCUCUACCACCCCACCUACAACGGAAACACUCCUCUCUCCAGGACGGUGCAUCACUACAACAGCACUGAGGAUACAUGCAGGGUGACCCCCCCCUGCCUUCCGUGCGCCCUCCAGUCCAACAACAACAAUCACCAACACCAUCACCACAACCACAACAUGAACGGCAGCUACCAGCACCACAACAGCCACCAUGCCAACCCCCACCCCAACCCCCACCCCCACCCCCACCCCCACCAGCACCCCCACCCCCACCCACCGACCCACAAGCUGCUGGAGCCCUGCCCGUCCCUGCUGCUGAGGGGGCUGGCGUCUCACCAGGUGGGCAUCGGUGGUGGGGGGGGGGGGGCGGGUGGUGGAGGAGGAGGCGGAGGGGGAGGAGGGGGAGGGGGAGGCAGGGGGAGGUGGGGAGGGGGAGGCGGGGGGGGGGAGGCGGUCCGGAUCCUGGCGAGGCGUGUCACGCCGGACGGAAAGGUGCAGUACCUGGUGGAGUGGGGCAACGUCAGUGUUUACUGA